AAUCGUCAAUGAUGUGAGUUGUUGUGAAACACAUGCCUGAUGAGAAGAAGCGCGCGCGAAGGUCAGCUCGAGAUCCGCCCAACUGUCCACCAUCGCAAGUCACGACUGCCUACCUCGGGUCUGUACAUCUACUUCUUGCUUCGUAUCUUCCUUCUCCACUCAUCACUAUCCAUUGGCACAUUCCUCUUUCUCAUCAUAUCCGCACGUAAGCAAAAGGCAUCAGCUUCAGCUCUUCAGUUCGUCUCCAAUUCUCGACGUUAGAGCUCAUUGGGACCUCCAUAGCGCGAGGUACAAAGGUCCUUCUCCAGCAUAUCCGCCU